AUGCAACUCACCAGCAUCCUCUUCUACGCUAUCUCAGCUACAGGCGUCCUCUCAGCUCCCUACGCUGGCGACACAGGCGCAGCUCCCGAUUUCGAGAACUCGUCCACCCCACCCGCAAACACACCAUGGUUGAGCUUCACCGAUAAAGCCAGUCCCCUCGACCGCCGCGCUUGUUACUCAGCCGCUCCAUACGGAUGUGACAUGGGCAAGAAACGCUGCUGGAAAGUCUGCGGUGAUGGCGGAAAGUGGUGCUGGACUGCCAAGGGUGAUGGAUCUGGAGACUGGAUCGGAUGUACCGACUGGGGUUCGUGCAACCAGCAGCAGUCGUGUGGCAAGAACUGCCACCACCCUGAGGAGUGCGGAUGCGGUUGCUAG